AGUUAACCGCUCACUGUCACAAGUCUAACCUUACAAUUCUACGUUUCAAAAAAUCUAUUCUGCUUUGUUUAUAAAACUUUCUGCUAAACAGAUUGUAUUAUUUAAAAAUUUAUUGGAAUGAAGAAUGGGAGACCGUACAGAAAAUCUUUCCAGUGUUAGCAAUAAUGAUCAGGAAUCUGUGUGUAGCAAAGUGGCUUCAGAGGAUGGAACUACAACUAUUUCAGAGGAUCAAGUAUCUGAAAACAGUAUGAUAUACAGGAUUACUAAUAUGGCACAAAAUAUGUCGAUUAUGGAGGACAAUCGAACCUUGGAUUCUGAAAGUUCAAACUUUCGUAUGCCAAUUGUAGGGUAUGAAAUAAUGGAAGAAAGGCCUAAAUUUACUGUUUACAAAAUUAAAGUAGAAAAUGUUGAUACAGGUGGUUUUUGGUAUGUGUUUCGAAGAUAUACAGACUUUGUAAGAUUGUGUAACAAAUUAAAAAACUCAUAUCCAAAUGUAGUGCAAUAUCUUCCAAGAAAAAGAUGGUUUAAAAACAACUAUGACUCCCUUUUCCUGGAUGAAAGGGUAAAUGAUUUGCAAACGUUAGUUAAUGCAAUCCUAAAUAUACCAGACUUGCUGACUUCCCAGGAUGUACAAGAUUUUUUUUGCCUUAAUGAAGCUCCAGUUUAUGCAGAUACUAAUGAUGAGUCAAGAAUAGUUUUGGAAGCCUUGGAAGAAACAAUUAAUGACUUGAAACAGCAAAUCAUGGAAAAGGACUCUGCAAUUGAUGCAUUACAAGAUAACUUACAUUCGACAGUAUUAGAAAAUGAACACCUCAAAAAAAUUAUUAGGAAUUCUACAAUGAAAUGCCAAAAAUGUCAGAAAGAUUAUGAGAACUUAACAAAACUCCUUCAGUGAUACUCUGCCUUAUUGAUAUU